GGCAGAGGCUGAGGGGGGGGGGGUGACCGUCCCUGUUGCCUGUAGCCCAGUGCGGGCUGUGCCAUGUGGCCGCUCUACAUUCUCGUGGCCUCAGUGGAGAGCCAGCUUGUUCCGGUCAGGAACGGGAGUGAUAAGUGCAACAUUCCUGGGACGUUCGCCUGCAGCAACGGGACGUGCAUCCCGGGAGCCUGGCAGUGCGACGGCCUUCCCGACUGCUUUGACGGGAGCGAUGAACAGAAAUGCCCGAGGAUUCGCACUAAGUGCCCCCCCACCUUCUUCCCCUGUGCCAGUGGCCUCCACUGUAUCAUCGGCCGCUUCCGGUGUAACGGCUUCGAGGACUGUCCGGACGGUAGCGAUGAGGAUAACUGUACAGCAAACCCCCUCCUGUGCUCCACUACCCGCUUCAACUGUAAGAACGGACGAUGCAUCGACAAGAGUUUUGUGUGUGAUGGGAUGGACAACUGUCGGGACGACAGCGAUGAAGACAGCUGCGAGGGACCCCCAGACGGUGUUCUGGGCCCCGGGCCCUCGGAGCUCCGCUUCCCGUACUAUCCCAGUGUGAUCUUCGCCAUCAUCGGCAGCUCGGUGGUCCUGGUGCUGCUGGUGGCGCUGCUGGCCAUGAUGCUGCAUCACCACCGCAAGCGGAGCAGCGGGGUGCUGGGGGACGUGCCCCCCCCGCUGCAGCGUCUCCAGCACCCCCUCCUGCUCUCCCGCCUCGUCAUCCUCGAGCCCCCCCACACCGCCACCGUCACCUACACCCCGGCCCGUGGCAUCCAGCUCGCCGGCUCCUUCUACCGCCAGCACCCGCCGCUGCAAGAGGAGCCGCCCUCCUACUCCCAGGCUGUGCUGGAACACAGCAGGCCACCGUGGUACGACCUGCCACCUCCGCCGUACCCCACAGACCUCACGGACCCUGGGAGCCAGCCCGAGCUGCCGCCGUACCGGUCGCGGGCAGGCAGCACGCUGAGCAGCGAGAGCGGCGGCCCGGCCCCAGAGGGGGGGGCCCUCACUGACCUGCUGCUCAGCGCCCGCAGUGAGGAGACGCUGUGAGCGCACGGGCACGACCAGCCCCGCACCCCCAUCCCCCCCCCCCACCCCACCAGUUGUGGUCACACGGUGUCGUCGGCGACGGGAGUUACCAGGAGCGGUGCUCAGCGACUCCGCGCAUCAACCUCCACGGGAAGAACAGAGAGUGACGGCACUCACCGGCUUGGCAACGGGCGACCGGUUAGAAGGUCGGCACACGGACACCCGGACUGUGCCACUCUGAACUGAACACACAGGCGUUCUGAACUGAACUGCACUGAACUGCAGACAGUAUCAAAUUGCCUGAACGACAAACAAUGACCCUGAGUGUGAAGCCAGCGGAAGCUGUUCAGCAUCUGCUGCUUGUUUGCCUUUCACGGCAGAUCUUCAACCCCAGCUCGCUGCCUUAACCCCACUGCUGUCAGUCGACACGCAGGCUUCCCCAGCCCGGGUAUUAUGGAGUGCACAUCCCGAUCCAUCCCGCGCCCACUGCCUUCUGGAGCCGUGCAGUCCACACACUCCCGAGUCACGGUGCGAAGACGAGUUUCCGAUCUCAUUUCCGUCUCAUCAUCCGAGCUCUGAUGUGAAGGUCGUGUCCCCGAACUUUGGGCUGUGGGAACAUUGGUGAACUCCAGUAUAGAAUCCCAACAACUCCCUUCGCAGCCGAUUCCUCCCUCCUUCCCAUCAGCAGUUACCCCAAUGCGCAUCUGAGGUUC